GAAUGUUGUCACGAUAUGGGGAAAGGUCCCGAUCUCCCGUUUUUGGCAGAGUGAUUAGCAGAGAGCCACUAAUACCACAGCGUGUAACCAUUGGACACCGACAACGGCAUUAUGGAAUUGACGGAAGUAUCUAUGGCAGCUCAUCACCGCGCGUAUACGGAGCAGAAUCGAAAUCAACAUCGACUUCCCAUGUGGGGGCUGGAGGUGGUAGCGCUCGCCGGCCUUCAAAAUAUCGCUAUGUGGGUGCCAGUGACUCAACCUUGAAUGGGGCUAAUGGAGGUAACACGAACUCAGUAAAUGUGCAAGGCAGCUUCCAACGCUUAAAAGAGCUCAUUUGGACUGAGCGGGCUAAGGAAUUGACACAACAACGACGAGCAGAGGAGAUGGCAGCACGAGCCGCCGUACUUAAAGAGAUCGCCAAUGGAAAAAACACUCAAUCAUCUUACAAACAUCCUGUUAAAUCAGAGUCUCCGCUAAUGGAUGAGAAUCGUAGCCCAGAUCGAGAUAUAUAUCAGCACUUGAACGAUGGUCGCAUGUCUAUUGCUACUGGGCAAUCACGCUAUAUCGAGAGCAACUAUAAUAACAAGAAAGAUAGAAGUAAUAACAACGCGAACAGCAACAAUGAUAAUAACAAUAAUAGGUACAACACCUCAAAGAGUGUUUAUAAUAAUCAGUAUAACUAUAAGGGCAACGGUAGGACGGGCACCAGUAAUGCUAACAACAACGGCAGGGACCCUUACAGGUCGUCGUCCAACUCUAACGGGUCUCUAGCAUCCUCACUGCGUAGCUACAUGAAUAUAAAUAGGAAUCGCAAUAACAAAAACUACGGAAAACAAAAAUCAUUUCCGCCGUUAGCAACUGGCUACGUUGGGUCCUCUGUAGCAACAUCCCAAACAAGCAAUUAUUUUGACGAUGAGCACAGUAUGGGUAUUCCAAGAGCAUACCCAGUGCGUCCAUCGCAUUUUCGUGAACGCAAUCGCGCCAUAUUCAAAGAGGACUCACCCCUUGAAAAAACUGCAGAGACUGAUUACUUCUCAAGGCAGAGUCGUUCACAGCAACAACUGAAUAUACCCAGCAAGGAGAGGGUGUUGUUAAAAGGCAUCAUACAAGACUUUAACCGGCAUACUUCAACGUCAGCCAUAGCCCCGGAGUACAUGGAAAAUUAUACAAAUAACAAAAGUCGUAUCGAAGCCGAAGCGGCACCUGCUACCUCCGCAGACGAUCUCUACACUGAUGAACUGGACAUAUUCGCACGGCCGUCCAUGGACAAAGGAGCGUUGAGCAAUAAUAUGGACAAAGUAGAUGAUACGUUUUCUGUUGAAGAACCGUUAGCGCCGAACAUCAAAGGGUGGAAUGAACUGGACUUGGCGGACGCAAAUAUAUUCCUGAACUACGUCAAGCCUCAUGCGGGUUAUCCAGCUAAGGAGGCAGCCGAACCACUGGAACUGUAUUACUAUGGCAACUUUUACUAACUUCCUGAAACAUUAUCUUAAACGCAAAUCAAAUACGUUCCUGAUGUGGUGGCACGUAGACAGAUGUUUAGAAUAGAGCUAAGUAUAUAUAAAAAUCCGUAUGCUAAUGAAAUUUGAAAUUGUGACGAAGCAAUAUACGUUGUAAAUACAUCCAUAUGUGCUGAAAUAUGUACUUAGUUUGUAUGUAUGUAAGUAUGUAUUUCAUAUGCAAA